AAAAGUCCAUGGCAGACUGCUCGCUUGUGAGCGUGGCUUGUUUGUGACCGCGAAUAAUUUUUCUUUUUCAGAGCCUUCGAGGCCGUCAACAGCCCCUCCAACUAUAUCAAUUUAUUCGCCAUGCAUUUGAUGUACACUUUGGAUGCCGAGGGCCAGCGAGUCUAUACUCUCAAGAAAAUCACCCCACAAGGCAAGAUCACAAAGUCGGCUCAUCCUGCUCGCUUCUCACCUGACGAUAAGUUCUCACGACACCGCGUCACCUUGAAGAAGCGUUACAAUGUCCUUUUGACCCAAUUGCCCGCAAAGCCCUUGUAAAUCAAUCCUGGAAGAAAAAAGUUCGUCGACUUAGCCUGGAAAAGCUACGCCGACCCAUGGCCUUGUAUAUUUUUCUUUGACAAAAAGCCGUUGCUGGUAUAGAUUUCAUUUUCGUU